ACCUCACAACGCUUACAACACCGGGACCGAAUUAGAAAGAGUAUAGUUAUAUAGACGAAGGACUCAUCAUCAAGAAUCAUCAUCAAAUUGCAAACAAAGGCCGCUGAUGAAGACAUAGACCAAAGACGAGGAUAGGGCGAGUGGGAGCAACUGGAGAAAACUUCCCCUUUCAGCGGACACAAAAUUAAAAAUAAUAAUUCGGCGCCGCCAUGACCCUGCCGUCCGUCGGUGCGACCAGCCUCUGUCUCCCCUCCCAGACCACCGUCCAGCAGCUGUUCUCCGUGGCCAGGGAUGCCGGUGUGGUCCCGGACAUCUCCCUGGACCCCGUCCUCACCGCCUUCCUGUCCAUGGAGUCGCGUGCGUCCCUGCUGCACCAGUACGCCUCGCUGCAGAGGGGCAUGACGCCGGAGCAGCUGGCCUCCUUCCGCCACAACGUGAGCGGCGAGCUGGGUGGCAGCACCAGGGUCCGCCACGGAGGAGUGGGCGUGGUCGCCCUGGCCCUCUCCGUGCUCUUUGACCUCGUGGCCAAAAAGGUGGGGGACGACUUUAGGGUCCCGAAGCAGCAGGGGGCGACCGGUUGCCUAUUUGGGAUCCGGCACUCCUCCAGGAUCGGCCGGAUGAUCCACAGCUACCUGUCUCUGAUCCCCGGUGUGGCCAACGACCCUGAGGGCAUGGCCGAGACCACAGAGCUCUACGACAACUGGCUGAAGCUGGAGCUGAUCGACCACUACGAGAGGAUGACCAACAAGAAGAGGAUGGGCUCCGAGGCCAUGAGGCAGUGGCUUGCUGGCGCCGCCGUCCACAUGCACAUGAGGAUCCACCAGGUGAGACUGAAAUCGGUGCCUCUUGGCUCGGCCGAGUCCCUGCGCCUCUCUUACAGGACGGCUUUCGCCCAGCUGGUGCAGGACUACGCAGCCUACCUCCGCCGAAACAUCAGGGAAACCCCGCCUUCAGGCACAUACAGACCCAACGCGGCCCAGCCAGGCGAGCGAACACCGGCGGCUACGACGUUCCACCGCCUCACCGACCACGGGACCGGGAAGGAACCGGGUGGGACAGAGGGAGCAGGGGUAGCCAUCUGCGUGGGGGCGACGAUGGGUAACGUCAGCCUGGCCUGCCCCAUGAAUGACCUCAACGGGACCGGCCCCGACGGGCAUAACUCAACCACCGCAGCGAACCAAGCGGCAGCUUUUAGCGGAGGAUCCAAUGAGGUUACGGGGCAAACGGGUCCAAAACAGAUGGAUAAUAAUAAUGACGCGGGCCCUGAAAGAGGUGCAGCCAGUGUGUUGAGUGGUGUUGGCGGGGCUGCGCAGCCAACAGCCAGUGACGGUCUGUUGGUCAUUGAAGCCAUGAGGAACGUGAGCCAUGGUGUACGGCAUCGGGCCUGCGAGUCUCCAGUCAUAGAGCAAGCCCUGGCCACCCUCAUUUCAGAGGCGCAGGACCUGGAAGAGAGCAGGGACUUUUUCCUGUACCCCCGGCCACUGCUCGACAAUCUGCUCGGCCAGAGAGCUGACUUUGACUUGAAGAUAAGAUGGCGGAAAACUAUUUGAACUAUUCGUAAAGCUGUUAGGGAGAUUGAGAAGCAUGAGGGUAUUGGAACAGCCUCGGGGGGUUAACCGCUGUAUUGGGAAUCUAAGUUGAGUGAUUGAGUGUGUUAAGACAAAAUGGUUCAAACAAAAUGCCACACAUUUUGUCUUAACCUUAAAGAAAUGAUCAACCAAACCAAUUCAAUAUAAAAUAAAGAUGAAGAUGAUGAUCUGAUUGUGUGUGUAUGUGUGUGUGUGUAUGUGUUUGUGCGUGUUUGUGUGUGUGUGUGUGUGUGUGUGUGUGUGUGUGUGUGUGUGUGUGUGUGUGUGUGUGUGUGUGUGUGUGUCCCUACAAUAGCAAACCCAUUUACAAAUGGCAAAGACAUUCCUACUGAAGUUAAGGUUUCAAACACAGUUCAAGCCUUCAUUUUUGCGGGCUUAGACAAAAUACCAUGUUGCCCUUGUACUUAACCAGCAGUUUAGGCUAUCUAACCAUGGGUUGGAUAGCCAUGUGUGAUUGUUAUAAUCCAGAUAUCUGAGUCUGUGUCACGACAAACUCGCCGUUGGUAUCUUCACCUUGUAAUCAACGAACUCAGUGCCCUCAUCACAACGUGAGUCAGGCCUGAUAAUAUCAGACCUGAGGGUAAAAAAUCUUUACCCUCCCGACCUUUUGGUUUGGCAUUCUUUUGAAAAGUCGAAAGCUGUUGUCCAAGUUGAGAACAGUGUUGGAAGCAGAGAGAAACUGGCACAGCCCUCUGAGGUAAACCGGGGGCACGCAUAAUCAUCAAGAGUUCUAUAUUUCAAAAUAAAGGUCUGUCUGCUGUAAGUCUGCUCGGAAGUAAUUACUGUCUAGAAAGCCAUGGCGUGGCUUCCAUAAAAGUAAUUCUUCCUCAUGACAGAGAGACUAUCAUACUUGUUCCUUGUUCCGAGAAGGUCCUUUGUGUAAAGGAAGUAUUUCCAUGGCUCGAGACAAUGGUUUCCUUCUGUAUAUUGUUUUUGCACAACACUUGGUGUUUGACUGUGUACCUCUGGUUUCUGGAGGACUGUUAUCCGUGGCUGUGGUGCAAUUAGUUAGAUACUGAAACCUGCACUUUUUCACAGCAGCCAUCAUUGUUGUUUUUCUACUAGUUUCUGCUCAUAUUGAGGUAAUGAAAAUGUGUCCCUGUACCGGGAGGAAGAUAAAGUACGUUUGAUCACUAUUCCAGCCAAAGGUCUGUAUCUUAUCAUGUUAACAAACGCAAUGCUCAAAAGGACCUGUGUUAAAUCAGUAUAGGCUAUAAGAUGUUAAAGCUUCAUUUAGAUUCACUCAGUCAGGUGUGGUGUUUUGUACUGUACUCUCAGGUAUAAUCUACUGUGAGAGGCACCUGGAAUCAAUAGACCAAGUAGGGUAAAUACACCAACAUAUUAACAGCACAUCUUUAUAGAAUGAAUGGGUCAGAAAUGUAGGGCUCAGAGGAAAAUACCCCUCCAUUUAGAAAAACAUUAAAUAGGAGUUAUACUUUUGUAUUAGAGAAAUUGUACGAUUGUAUUCUUGCCAAAAAUAACAAUUGUUUUACAUUAACAUGUACAACAACACUUUUGAAUUGAUUAUUUAAAAUGUAUACAUCAACAUGGUUGAUCCAACCCAAUGCACCUAUUCACCAGCCCAGGGUGGCCUUGUGCCACUUCCAGAUCGCUCGGGUUCCAUUGGCACAAUUUUCUGGCAAUAAAUAAUGUACUUGUCUGUAGCUAAAUAUGAAUGUGGAUAUUGCUGUCCAAUAGUGUAACAGAGGCUAAAGAGAGGCUCAGGAAACACAUAAAGCUACCGAGACGGUAAAGUGUUGAUUUGCCA